UACGCCUGCGCAUUAGCUAUGUGUCUCAAUGGUUUGAUCUGUGGUCUUGGUAUGCACCAGCGAGACUACAGAUGUGAAAUAUUGGGGAUCAAAAUAGGAAGCGCCCUGAGGGGACUGGUGUACCACAAGACGCUUCUACUCAGUAAGCAGACGUUACAUAGAUUUACUGCAGGACGCUUAUUCGAUCUGAUAUCCAAUGAUGUUAAAAAAAUGGAAGAAGAGACAGUCACAUUUUUUUCCUCAGCCGUUUUCACAGUCCCUGCUUAUGCAGGGGCAAUAUUCCUUAUCUACAAUUUGAUUGGUUGGCAGGCUGUUACGGGUGUGUUCCUCAUGUGUGUUCUCAUGCCAUACUUUGCCGUCUUGUCUUAUGCUAAUGCUAAGUUGCGCUCGCGCACAGCUACAGUCUCCAUGGCAUAA